AUGAUGCAAAAGAGCUCUUUGCUUCCUUCUUCUUCCUCUACUUUUUCUUCUCUUUCCCUUGACCAUACUUGGCGGUGGAUUUAUGAUGUUUUCUUAAGUUUUAGAGGUGAAGAUGUACGCAAUACGUUUGUCGACCAUCUCUAUGUUGCCCUGCAGCAAAAGGGUAUUCAUACCUUCAAAGAUGAUGAGAAUCUAGAAAGAGGCAAGUCGAUUUCACCUGAUCUUAUGAGAGCUAUUGAAGUGCCGCGCAUAGCUUUGAUCAUAUUCUCCAAAAACUAUGCUAAUUCAACAUGGUGUUUAGAUGAAUUAAUGAAGAUCAUGGAAUGCAACAAACAAAAAGGACAAAUUGUGCUUCCGGUCUUCUACGACGUAGAUCCAUCAACAGUGAGGAAACAAAAAUCCAACUAUGGAGAAGCAAUUAGCAAUCAUAAAACCGAUCUCAAUGUCUGGUCUGGUGGAGUUCGCUUUGUUGGAAUAUUGGGAAUGAGCGGAUUGGGAAAGACAACUUUAGCAAGAGUCAUUUAUGAUAACAUUUCGAGUCAAUUUGAAGGUGCAUGUUUUCUUCAUGAGGUAAGAGACCGUUCAACAAAACAAGGCCUAGAACGAUUGCAAGAGAUACUUCUUUCCGUGAUCCUUGUUAUAAAAGAUCUAAGGAUCAUGAACAAUUUAUUUGAAGGAGUUAACAUGCAAAAACAAAGACUACGAUACAAAAAGGUUCUUCUUGUUCUUGAUGAUGUUGAUCACAUAGAUCAAUUAGACGCUUUAGCUGGGGAACGCGAAAGGUUCGGUCCUGGAAGUAGAAUCAUCAUAACAACUAAAAACAAACAUUCACUUGUUAGGCAUGAAGUGGAAAAGAUAUACAGAAUGAGAACAUUAAGUGCAGAUGAAAGUUUACAACUCUUUAAACAAUAUGCUUUCAAUAAAAACAUUCCUACAAAGGAAUUUGAGGAUCUCUAG